GCCUCUCAAACGUCGAUAUAAGGGCAGGAAUCUCGCAAAGGCGACAGAUGAAUACUCUUUCCGCGUGGAUCUUCAGCCUGAGUGUGCUGCCUAAGAAAUGGCGGAAAGUCCAACCGGAAACAGAAACGUCGGGCGCGACACACCUGGAUGUAAACUCCAAUGAUAACGAACGCCCGGUCGACCUCACCAUGAAGGUCAUGAAGGAAUUGGCAUAUGCUACUGCCCAGGGCAGUUUCGGUGAUGUAUGGAAGUGCGUGUUCUCAGAUAAAGAUAGCAAUGUGGAGGUGGCGGUUAAAUGUGUCAGGAUCGAAAUUCAGGAUGACAGUUUCAAGAAAAUCGUCAGCGAGAGGUUAAUGGAUGACUUCUGCAAGUGGAAACUACUGCGUCAUGAUAACAUUCUUUCCUUGUACGGGAUUGCCUACGGAUUUGGUCCAGUACCAGCCAUCGUAUUUCCAUGGAUGACCAAUGGAUCCUUGAGCACGUAUCUUGGUAAAAAUUAUGACAGCCUCUCUGGGGCUCACAAGUUCAGUUUGCUCGCUGAUGUAGCUGCUGGUCUUCAAUAUCUCCACUCUAAGGGGGUGGUUCAUGCGGAUCUCACAGGUAGCAAUGUGUGUUGAGAGCCGAUGUGUCCGAGGGAAGUAAGGCCGAGAGAGAGAGAGCUGAGAAAGGAAAGGACGAUACGGCCGAAGAAUAGAGCACAUCGAGUGCGAGCGUCUCCAAACGGAGAACGUCGACG